UCUCACCCUAAAUCUCUUUUCGUGAGCUUGACUCCGUUCGAUCAAUAAAGACGUUGUGAAACUCGCAUAAAGCCCGUCAUUGCCAUUGUCGCAUUGUCAAAGGCGAUGGCUAUACUAGGUUGAGGCAACGUAGGUGGAUUUAUACUCAUAUUAUCUUCUUCCUUGUGAUGGUCCAGAAACCCACUCGAGCCCAGGACUCAAGCAACACCACGAUCCCAAUGCAAAAACAGCACGUCGAGCCCGCAACACGCAACUCAAUGGCCACUCCCUCGAUCAAAGCCCCGCAGCUGAUGGGCAUUACAGGCGACAACUGCGCAUCCUGCAAGUCGACCACCGUCCCGCUUUAUGAUCUGUCCUGCCAUGAGAGCGACGAUCUCCACUGCCGCGACUGCCUCACCAAGACCUUCCACGCCGUCAAUGACCAAAUUGUACGAUGCCCUCACUCGGCAUGCCGUCGCUCCGUCGGCUUCGAGCAGCCUACUCCUCUCGCGCAGGACUUCCACUUAGACAACGACUUCUAUGACCAGGAGUGCAUUAGCAAGAUCCGCCAGCAGCCGGAGGUCAUGAACAACCUGAUCGCAUUCACGGGCGAGGAGGCUGAGGUCAUCUUACACCACGUCUACACCAUGUUCGAGGAUCAGCUCAUGGACCCCAUCGCUCUCGGCGGCGUCGCUGGCCACAUCACCGCGCGCGCGGAGAACUCGUUACAGGCCAGCUUCGCCUGCAACCCCUUCGUCUGUGGGUUUCUCGCUCAAAUGAAAGCCACGUCGAAGCUGAUGACCACCCCAUACGAGCUUGAAGAAGACCUCAAUGCCCUUCUUUCUAGGUUACUUCACGAGUACGCUCAGCUGAACUACGGGAACGAGCUCACUCGGCACGGUAUCGAUUUGGAACAUGAGAGCGAAGUGCUAGCUGCUGCACUGGAUAACUACAAGCCCUUCAAUGAGCUCAAGGGGAAUUGGGAACUGAUCAUCAAGAAGUGGGUGGAGCUGCUGGCUUGGAGGCAUUUGGAGCGCCUGGCACCGCCUGAAGGAGGUGCUACCGAGCGGAAGAAUCGUCAAUUUUAGAGCAUGACACGUAGGUCAGAAUCAUCUUGCAGACAUUCCAUCGUACAGCAUGCCGUCUUUUCAAUCAAUAUAAUCAACAAGCUCAUCUGUAGCCUGCCAUAUCUGUAAUUAUAC